AUGUACGUCAUAGAGCCGACACCGGCCGCGGCGCAAUGGGGACGCCGGGGUGGACUGCCACGGCGAGGCUCCGGCAGCCACAACGCCCAUCGGACUGUCACACUUGUGGCGCCCUGGGGUUGCAAGCGUCCCCAAGGCGCCAUCACAUAUGAGGUAUGGGCCUGGGCAGGGCCAUACCACCAUCGAUCCGGCCUAGCUGCGUCAUAG